UACCGCGAUUUCCGUUGUCUGGCAACGCCUUCUUGUUUUUUAAAUUUUCCUUAAACAUUUAAAAAGAAGUGUAUCCCAUUCAAAGUUGAAAUUCGACAGAUAAGAGUUGUCAUUCAGUUGUUACAGGCCUUAUUGACAUGGGGAGAAAACUAGGACUUUUGCUGUCUUGCUGCAUAGCCGUGAUUUUUACGGUGACCGUACAGUCAUACGAUAAAGAAUUUAUCCUAACCAAUACUAUGAACGGAUGGGAACAUACGAGCAUGGAUUUCUUAAGCAAUAGACUUGUGUGCCCAGGAGACAACAACCAAACCUGUGCAGAUGGGUAUACCUGCUGCAUGAGCCCUUCAGGUGAUUAUGCUUGUUGUCCACAUGAAAAUGCAGUAUGUUGUGCAGAUCACAUCCAUUGUUGUCCCAAGGGCUCUUCAUGUGAUACUGGCAGAUGCAAAAAAGAUGUUUCAUCUUCAAACUCAGUGGAAUUCAUAACAAACAUAAUUCAGCAAACAAAACGUUCCAUUUGUCCAGGAGAUGAGUUUCGAUGCCCCUUGGAAACAACUUGCUGCAAGCUCUCUGGCGGAAAGCUGUAUGGAUGUUGCCCCUUUGAAGAGGCUUUGUGCUGUCCCGAUGAACUUCACUGCUGUCCAAAAGGAUUUGAAUGUAGCACUGAUGCUACUUGUAUCCGUAGCAAUUCUACUAUGCCAUUUUCAAAUGAUGAUCUGAACUGAAGCUGUUAAACAAAACCACAUACUCAAGAA